AUGGAAAUUUGGUGUAAUGAAGCUCAGGAACGUUAUGUCUUAGCCAUAUCCCCUGAGAAUACAAAUUUGUUUGAAAGUAUAUGUAGAAGAGAAAGGUGUCCCUAUGCCAAUAUUGGGGUUGCAACAAAAGAGCAAAAACUAAUAGUUGAAGAUUCAUUAUUUAACAAUGAACCAAUAAAUCUACCAAUGUCAAUUUUAUUUGGUAAUUUACCAAAAAUUUCAUUCAAAACAAGGAAAAUAAUUACUCAAUUUUCUCCAUUUGACACUAGUUUAAAAAGUUAUAUAUCAGAUACAAGUUUACAAAAUGAUUUGAUUGCUGAUGCAAUCAAUAGAGUUUUAAGACUUCCAACAGUUGCUUCAAAAUCAUUUUUAAUUACAAUUGGUGACCGUUCAAUAACAGGGUUGGUGGCACGUGAGCAGAUGGUAGGUGCUUGGCAAAUUCCAGUGGCUGAUGUGGCAGUCACUAUAUCAUCAUAUGACACUGAAGUUAUAACUGGUGAAGCAAUGGCAAUGGGAGAACGGCCACCUGUUGCUUUGAUUUCAGCAGCAGCAUCUGCUAAAAUGGCUGUUGCUGAGGCAAUCACUAAUUUAGCUGCAGCCAAUAUUACAUCAAUAUCCCAUAUCAGAUUGAGUGCAAAUUGGAUGUGUGCUGCAAAUCAUGAAGGUGAAGGAGCUAGAUUAUAUGAAGCUGUCAAUGCAAUUGGCAUGGAUUUGUGCCCUGCUUUAGGAAUCAGCAUUCCAGUUGGUAAAGACUCAAUGUCAAUGAAAAUGAAAUGGAGUGAUCAUAUUGAUAAUGGUAUUUGUAAAGAAGUCACAUCACCAUUAAGCUUAAAUAUUACAGGAUUUGCUCCUGUUAUAAAUGUUCAUAAGACAUUAACACCACAAUUACAUUAUGAUGCACAAGAAAAUACCAUUUUGGUUUAUUUUGAUCUAGCUAUGGGAAAGCAAAGAAUGGGUGGAUCUGCUAUUGCACAAGUGUAUCAACAAAUUGGAGCUGAAGCUCCGGAUGUUGAAAGUAUACAAAAAGUGCGUCAGAAUGAUCAAGAAUUAGUAUUAGCUUAUCAUGACAGAUCUGAUGGUGGGUUAUUUGUCACAGUGGUUGAGAUGGCAUUUGCUGGUCAUUUGGGAGUUAAAUUAGAUAUUUCAGAUAUUGUAAAAAAUGGUGAUGUUAUCAGGUCACUUUUUAAUGAAGAACUUGGUGCUGUUAUACAAAUUAGAAAACAAGAUUUAGAAAAAAUUAUUGAAAUAUUUACAAAAUCAAACUUUCCUAAAAAUCAUAUAUAUUGUGUUGGUUCAGUAUCAAAUGAUCAAGAUGUUAUAAUAAAAUUUCAAAGUUCUAUAAUAUAUAAAUCAACACGCAUGGAAUUACAACGAAUUUGGUCAGAAACUUCUUUCCAAAUUCAAUCAUUACGUGAUAAUAGUAUUUGUGCUAAAGAAGAGUUUGAUAAUAUUUUAGAUGUAAAUAAUCCAGGCUUACAUUUUCAUUUGACAUUUGAUCCAGCAGAAGAUGUGACCCUGCCAUUUGUGAAAUCACCAACUACAUUAAAACCAAAAAUAGCAAUAUUACGAGAACAAGGUGUAAAUGGUCAUAUGGAGAUGGCAUUUGCAUUUUAUUUGGCAGGAUUCAAACCAAUUGAUGUACAUAUGUCUGAUAUGCUAUCAGGAAAAGUUGCAUUAAAAGAUUUCAAGGGGAUUGUAGCAUGUGGUGGGUUUUCUUAUGGAGAUGUACUUGGAGCUGGAUCAGGAUGGGCAAAAUCUAUUUUAUUACACCCCAAUGUGAAAAAAGAAUUUGAAAAUUUUUUCAAAGAAAGAAAUGACACUUUUACCCUUGGUAUUUGUAAUGGUUGUCAAUUUUUAAGUCAAUUAAAAGAAAUAAUACCUGGUACAGAAGAUUGGCCAAUAUUUAAAAGAAAUAGAAGUGAACAAUUUGAAGCAAGAUUCAGUUUAGUUGAAAUUACUUCACGGAUGGAGGGUUCAAGAUUUCCAAUAGCAGUUGCUCAUAGUGAAGGUAGAGCUGAAUUUUUGAAUGAACAGCAACAAAUUUCCAAUUUAUUUUCAAAGAAUCUUGUAGCAAUAAGAUUUAUUGAUAAUUAUGGCAAACCUACUGAAAGAUACCCAUAUAAUCCAAAUGGUAGUCCUGCUGGUAUCACAGGAAUACAGACACCUGAUGGCAGAGUAUUGGCAAUGAUGCCACAUCCUGAACGCGUUAUUAUCAAAGAAGCAAAUUCAUGGUAUCCUAAAGAAGCCAAUAACUGGGGUGAGUUUGGACCAUGGUUAAGAAUGUUUAGAAAUGCAAGAAAUUUACAAACAUCACUUGACAUUCAAUAA